AGCAUUUGACAUUCCGUCGGAGUCGGUGUUGUGAAACGGUCGUGUCGCCCACGGUUUUCGAACUAAGGCAUUUCGUUAUCAUAAAAAUUCAGCACAACUUUAUAUUUUUAUCACUUGUGGUGUUUAAAACAACUUCUUUAUUAUAAGGUGUUUGCGGUAAUGGCCAGUGUCAUUCUACUGAAAAAUCAGUUAAAAUGAAUUCUGUGUGGUUUUAUCACGUUAAUUAAAUAGUGUUGUAUGCUAAUAGUGAUCAAGAACUUAUAUCGUGGAAUGUGAAUUCAGCGAAUCUGAGGAGUUUGGCUCAGGCUUAAAAUAGAACUUUGUUAACAUCAAACGCUAUGAAAUAGAGUAGCCGAAUAAUAGGAAAAUGUAUGCAUGCUGUAGGAAUUAAAGUUACGAAGAUGACGAGUUUCAAUGUUUUGCUGUUUAUAUGUGUGACUGGGUUAAUCUCGGUUACGACAACAAACGCAGAUAACUGCACAGAUUUUCACCCCAAUGGCCCAAAAAUAACUCCAUGUAGGAGUGAAUUUAUAUUGCACAAGGGACAAAAUUUUUCACUCACAUGCAGAGGAAAAAACCCGCUUGAAUUCAAACAACAAGAAACACCGGAAGAAUUACCUAAAAACAAACCAAUAAAAACGAUGAGACAGACAUCCGAUUCCGAGUACCCUUUUGAGACAAUUAUAAACAUAUAUAACGUCGACGAAUACGCUAUAGGCUAUUAUGCAUGUUUUGAUGAUGUAAAAACAAACUUUACCUUAAAUAAUCUCAUAGAAGAGCCGAGAAACACAGAGAACGCUUCUUUUAUUUACAUUUACGUUGAGGGAUCAGAUAGUCUGAUUGCACCGAUGAGAGAAAUUGUUGUACCAAGAGACUGUUCUAAGAUUGUAAUAGAAUGUAGACCGACAACACCAGACGUCAAUGUCACGCUUUCAUCGGAAAUUCCAGACUAUUACUACCCGUCAUUUCGAUACAGUCCAAAAAUUGGUUUUGUACCUGAGAACUCUAUGCCCUCAGAUGAUCAAAUCAUUAGCUUUGUACUAUGCGAAUUUGUAAGAGGAGAAACACGGAUUGAGAAAUAUAUUUAUGUUUCAAAACAUAUUAAAAAACCUCCAAAACCAAAGGUUGCAGGUGGACAUAAACAAUUUUUAGAAGGUGAAACAUUUACAAUACACUGCCGUGUACCAAAUGAUGGAUUAAUUAAUUUCAAAUGGAAGUAUCCUCCUGAAGUUACCAAUGACUCAGUGGAAGUAUCUGUGGUCAAGACUGAAGCUACGACUACUGGUUCAAUAGUUUAUCAGAAUAUUACUAUCCGAAAUGCUACCAAGAAACACAAUGGAGUAUACACCUGCCUUUUAACGAAUACUUGUGGAGAGGAGAAAGAUGAGUUCAGGAAAAUAUUUUUAGAAAAACCUUUUUUAUCGCUGAGAGAUCUAGCGAAAGGUAAACUUAUGGGAAAUGCAAAUAAAUCCAUUAAUAUUGUCAUUGAGAUUGAAGCGUAUCCCCCAGUUGAAAGGACACAUUUCUUAAAAAACGAUAAAUAUUUACCAUCAAAUGAUUUGAAAUACAACGUAACCACAUUAGCUAAUGGAGAUCCUAAACUUCGUAUUAACGAUUUGAAACUGACCGACAUUGCCAACUAUACUUUAGUAGCGGAGAAUAAAUACUUGACGAAGAAUUAUACCGUGGAUCUUAGAGUUUUCACAAAACCUGAAGCUAAACUGUUAAAUAAUAGGAUCAUUAAACGUCUUGAGAAUUCAGAGAUGAACUUUGCGUGCAAAGUUACAGGUUAUCCUUUACCAGACGUAACCUGGAUUUUUUCUAAUGACGAGGAGCAUGAACUGUCAUCCACGAAAUCAGAGCAAGAGUCUUUGUAUGCGAAAACGGAUUAUCUCAAAAUAUCAGUGCAAGCUUCUGGUGUCAUAACUUGUAAUGCACACAACUCCAAGGGGGAAUAUUUUGACAGCAGCACACUUUUAGUUUAUGAAAUAAACAAUGGAUUUGGUAUAUUACAGCCAUUAGAAAAUUGGUAUUCAGAAAAAGACAGUGCCAGAAAGAAAUGCUUGGCUUCGGUUUACGAUUAUGAUAAUGUUUCUUGGUUGGGAAGCGACGGUAAUAUAUUGGAUGACAUAGUUGAAUAUUCAAACAGCACAUUUUCGCAUAUAGCUACGUUAACAUUAGAUCCGAUUUCAAUGGAGCACACAGGCACUUACAUAUGUCGAGGUUUAAGGAAGAACUCCACAGAGGCAGACUUUCAAAAUAUAACAAUAACCGUUGCGGAGUUGUUGGCGCCAAUAAUCAGAGAACCGGAUUCCAAUAAAGAUGAAGAAGCAAUGGAGGGUCGUUCAAUACAAUUGCAUUGUGAAGCUGAAGGUGUUCCUCGACCAACAAUCUAUUGGUAUAAGGAUGACGAACUCAUUUCUAAUAAUUCUGGAUACAAAUUAUUUGUUGACAUAGUAAACCACACGAUUGUAAAUUCGACAUUUGAAAUUGAAAAUAUGCAGGAAAAAGACAACGGAAUAUAUGAAUGUGUGGCUUUGAAUAAUGCUAGUGAAUUAAGAAGAGCUUACACACUCGUACUUAAAGCCGAGAAAUCCUACACACCCUAUGUUAUUGUCACCGCGGUGAUUAUUUUAGUACUCCUCGGUAUGGUGGCGUAUCUAUUUACGUGGAAAUUGAAAAAACAAAGGGAAUUGACUAAAGCGGGUCUUUUAAAUUUCAAAAGUGGUAAUAAGAAAUCAUUCAAUCCCAAUUUGGGAAUUGAUGAACAAGCAGAUCUAUUACCUUACGAUGAAAAAUUCGAGUUUCCCCGCGAAAAAUUAACAUUUGGGAAGCAAUUAGGUGCUGGUGCAUUCGGCGUAGUCUAUAAAGCCGAAGCUCGUGGUAUAAUCAAUGCUGAAGUAACAACUCCAGUCGCCGUGAAGAUGGUGAAAAGAACUGCAGAUAACAUGUAUAUCAAAGCCUUAGCAUCGGAACUCAAAAUAAUGGUGCAUCUCGGAAAACACGUCAACAUCGUGAAUUUACUGGGAGCCUGUACGAAACAUAUUGCAAAGCGCGAGUUGAUAGUUAUAGUAGAAUAUUGCAAAUACGGAAACAUUCACAACUACAUGCAGAAGCACAGAGAAGUGUUUAUAGAUCAGCUAACUGACAACGCAGAAAAGAAUCUCGGGAAAAUCAAUAAAGGAUUCCUCAACAGCGUCGGUACCACGGGAACACAUUCGGAUUACUUCAGCUCCGGCAACACAAAAGAUACUGAUCAUUCGUUGCUAUAUUCCGGGAAUUCAAAGAGAUCUGGUAGGAAAGUUUCGGAAGGGUACAUCCAGCAGGAGUGGCAAACUAAAUAUGAAGGCGACUACAUCUAUGAGUGUCACCAGCCACGGCCGCUUACAUCAGGUCACCUGCUUGGCUGGGCUUUCCAAAUAGCACGAGGAAUGGAAUAUCUUGCUAACAGAAAGGUUCUUCAUGGAGAUUUGGCGGCAAGAAAUGUUUUGUUAGCCGAUGAUAACGUAGUCAAGAUAUGUGACUUCGGACUCGCAAGAAGUAUGUACAAUAACGAAGAAUAUCAAAAGAAGGAAAACAGCCCUCUACCGGUGAAAUGGUUAGCCAUCGAAUGUAUGGUUGACAGGAUAUUUUCGACCCAAUCCGAUGUUUGGUCCUACGGAAUCGUGCUUUGGGAGAUGUUUUCUUUAGCAAAGACUCCGUACCCUAACAUAAGUCCCACUGACUUACUGCGUUGGCUCUCUGAUGGUAAUCGAUUGGAGAAACCACCAUUUGCGGAUGAUCGUCUCUACAAUGUCAUGCUGCGAUGUUGGCAUCAGAAGCCCACCGCGCGACCUUCGUUCACAGAGCUGCAGGAAAUAUUAGGAAACUUCCUUGAAGACAACGAACGCAAUCGCUACGUUGAUCUGAACGCACCGUACAAUGAAAUGAACGCCGAACUCAUGACGGGGGAAGACUAUCUCGCGAUGGUUUGUGCACCGGAUUACAACAAUAUCGUAACACCGAGCCCCAACUACGUCAAUAUGGCAAAGAGUUUCUUCCCGGCUACACCCACUCCUAAAGAUGAAACGGCUAAUACGACACUGUAACUCAACAACUAUACGGUAAAAGCAUGCAAGUUUGCAAGUUUGCCAGUUGAUAUUGUUGUAAAAGUAGUUGUUACUAACAGAAAUAACUGAUUACAUAUAUAGGAAUGCACACAUUUUCUCAGUGUUACGUAAAACAGAAAACCUGUGAACUAUGUUUCCACUAAAUAACACUAUUUGACAUUAUUUCGGUCUGUCCUUUCCAAAAUUUGUAUUUUGUGUGUUUGCCUAAAAAUAAUAAUAUAUUGUAAUGAUGCUAAAUUAUAAUUACAAUUAAUUUAUUUCAGAUCAAGAAGGCUAUUUACCAAUGAGCCCUACAUCGGAUCAAACGAAGUACAUGGCUCACGGAACUAAGUUUGACUUCGAUUCUAGAAAGCUCAAUCCUAGAGUAUCGGAAGCUAGUAACGUUGGUUCAGUAAUAACCCCCCUGUUAGAUUUAAACAACCUUCCAGCGAGAAGCGGAUCAGAAUCUGAUCAUGAAAACAAUGCCUCGACGUACCUUGACAAAUGUAUUGACGACAAAAAAUCUGACGAAGUGUUUGAAAUGAAACAAACAAACACGAAAAAUCCACAGGACAAUAGUGCAGUGACGAAUCCUACCUAUUAUACAUUCGACGUUGAAAACGAGAAGAAGCCAAAAGAAAUAGCUAACCCUUAUGUUAAUUUUGCCAACGGCUCGACUGUUCACUUAAAAUAGACGCAUUGCUUUCCUAAUCUGUUACACUUAAGUUCGUUUGGAUCUCCAUGCUUAAAUUUUUCUGUUCGUCUCUAUUUAACUCCAACUAUUCUAUUGAUUAAGUAAUUGAUGCUUUUUUGUGUGUAUUGUGUAUGUAUGCAUGGAUGUGUGUGCGUGUGUUAGUCUUAAGAAAGUAGACCUCGGUUCAUAUGACGGUGUACUGUAUUAUUUAUGGCAGUAGGUAAUAUGUAUUUAUUUUAUAGAAAUAGUGGCAUUUAAACUGUGUAUAAAACAAUACUUUUGUAAAAUUGUACACAGAUAAAUAUGUAUUUGAUUGCCAAAAUUAUUUUACUGCAUAAACGCACAGUAGGUAUAGGAUCGUUUGAAUUCACUUGCUUACACACUUGUGGCUCGUAUAGACUACUGAACCACAGCGUCACCUGUCGUCGUGACUGUAAUCUGUGUCGACGCGACGUUUCCAUAUCGUUGACACGCCGCAACUGCGUCGCUACUGUGUUGUAUCCAUUGCUGGUCGACCGUUUACAGUUUGCUAUAUAGUAUAACUAAUCUUAAGCGAAUGUCUUAAUUCAUUCGUAGAUAAUUAUGCAACUAUCACUCAAAUUAUCGUAUAUAUUAAAAUCAUCGCCGUAUAUCGGUGAAAUAUGCUUAAUGAAGUCUUUAUUCUAAAAGAGUGUCAUUGAAGUUUUAUUUUCACUUUAUCAACUUCGGAACAGGCGAAUGGUGUGCAAAGACGGAGUUCUUUAUUAAUCGAAUUUGACAAAAAUUAUGUCAAUGUGACAGGAGUCGCUAGCAAUCUACGUAUUGUCGAAUAGAUGUCGUGAAAUAGAGAUUCAAGUAAUGAAACCAGCAUACGCUGGUAGGCAGUGCGACAUCGACAUGUAGAUAGUAUCAUCUACUGAUCUACUCUAUUUAGCCAGUGUGCUGUCGCAGAAUACUGUGUGCUUAUUGCGAGUUUUUUAACGUUCUCGAUAGCGUAAGAGUUAAUCCAAUUUUUUUUGCAGUUGGAACAGCGCCCCUAACGGCAAACGUAGGCAAACGAUCCCAUUCCAUACAAAUAUGAGCUAACUUUUACGCUAUCGAGAACGUUCAAAAACUCGCACUAAGCACACUGUUUCAGUGAUAUGAAUACGCUAUUUAUUUAUUCACGAUUCUCUGCUCUUCAGCUAAAUGUUGUAUGUUGUUAUGUGUUUGAUUGUUGUUUUAGAGUUUUACGCAAAUGAAAAUGUAUUUAAUUUUAUUGACCCCACCAUUGUAUUGUUUUUUGUUUUCUGUUCACAAUCAUUCCUAGUUUGGUGCGAUGAUUGUAGAAAGAAAAAACAGUGAUUGCCAUAAGAAUUUUUACUCACCUCUCAACGACUUGAUAUUUGAGAAGUAUUUUCUUUUUUAACUUACCAUGAGAAAAAAUGAGAAAAGUAAAAUCAUUAUAUUUUUAUACUCAUUUACGAAGUUGUCGUAAUUAAGUGCAAAUCUCUAAAUUUUAUCAAAAUCAAGUCAAUUUAUUAGUCUAGUCUGGCCGAGAGAAGAGAUACAUAUAAAAUUCCAAAUGUACUAAAGUUUCUAUAGUAUAUAUUAUUAUAAGAUUUUGUUAAGUUUUGUUGUAUUCAACCAAAUGUCUUUAUGUUGUAUGGAAUAAGAAUAUCUAGGUUUUAAAAAUAAUAAAUAAAUGUGAUAUUAAAA